UCUCUUGCAUUAUCACGCCGUCAUCUACUUCCUGAUAGAUCAGAGCGGCAUGCAACGUGUCUGUUAAUUAAUGAUAAGAUGUUUCAUAGAGGGCAGAGUAUACUUCCCGCAGUGUAGUUUACAGCACAGCAUUUGACAGCCGGGUUUAGGAGGACUCACAAUGACCGAAAUCAACGGGGUCCAGCUGAAAAAAGUAACCCAUGCCAACGGAAACGGUGUGGACAACCAGGCUUUUGAGAUAGAGGAGGACAACAUUGCUGAUACUAACAGCUUCAAAGAGCAGACAAAAAAGACUAAAAAGGGAUUGGGAUCAUACCUAAGCAAAGUUUCCAAGCCGAUUAAUGCCACAGAGGAUUACAUCAAGGCUCACUCAAAUACCUUCAAAUACAUUGUGCUUGGAAUACUUGGAGCAGGGUAUGUGGCGUACUUCAUCGCAGCCUGUGUGUUGGACUUCCAGAGGGCCAUCGCUCUCGUGGUCCUUACCAGUUUGGCCGUUGCCGCUAAAUCAUACGAGCUUUUGAAGGAGUACAAAGGAAAGAGCAUCAGUCGGUGUUUCAGGCCCGCGGCCAGGUGCUUCAAGUCGAACCUGAGAUGGCUAAAAUGGGUUUUCAUCUUAGCAGUCGUGGCCCUGCUUGUUGUGUGGCUCGCCAUUGACACGAGCAAGCGCCCUGAGCAGCUCAUAUCAUUUGGAGGUGUUUGCAUGUUCAUCGUGCUUGUGUUCCUCUUCUCAGCGCACAGGACAGCGGUAUCAUGGAGGCCUGUGUUUUGGGGCCUUGGGCUGCAGUUCUGUAUUGGCCUUUUUGUUAUAAGAACAGAGCCUGGACUCAUUGCUUUCGAAUGGCUUGGAAAACAAGUACAGAUAUUCCUCGACUAUACCAAAGAGGGCUCGUCAUUUGUUUUUGGGCCUCUGAUCGCAGACAUUUUCGCCUUUCAGGCUUUGCCCAUCGUCGUGUUCUUCAGCAGUGUGAUGUCAGUCCUUUACUUUCUGGGGAUAAUGCAGUGGCUCAUAUUGAAGAUCUCAUGGGCAAUGCAGAUAACGAUGGGAACCUCUCCCACCGAGACCUUGAGUGUGGCAGGCAAUAUAUUUGUUGGGCAGACUGAAGCACCGCUGCUGAUCCGCCCCUAUUUGAAGGACAUGACCAAAUCUGAGAUCCAUGCUGUUAUGACUGGCGGAUUUGCCACAAUUGCAGGCAGUGUCAUGGGGGCAUUCAUCUCAUUUGGGAUCGAUGCAUCUUCGUUGAUAUCAGCCUCUGUGAUGGCUGCUCCUUGUGCCUUGGCCAUCUCCAAGUUGUCUUAUCCAGAGACAGAGGAGAGUCUCUUCAAGUCAGACAAGAACAUCAAAGUGGCUUGUGGAGAUGAACAGAACAUUCUGGAGGCUGCUAGCAGCGGAGCAUCUGCUUCAAUAGGUCUCGUUGCUAACAUCGCAGCAAACUUGAUAGCCUUUCUCGCCAUCCUCGGGUUCAUAAAUAAAGCUUUGAGUUGGCUCGGAAGUAUGGUGGGAUAUCCCUCAAUCACAUUUCAGUUAGUUUGCUCAUACGUGUUUAUGCCUGUGGCCUUCAUGAUGGGCAUACCAUAUGAUGAGAGCUUCGUUGUGGCCGAGCUAAUUGGCACUAAGCUCUUCCUCAAUGAGUUUGUGGCUUAUGAGAAAUUAUCUGCACUGAAGGAAAAGAGACUCAAUGGACUUGAUGAAAUUAUUGGAGGUGAAAGACAGUGGAUAUCUAUCCGAUCAGAAAUAAUCACCACCUAUGCUCUUUGUGGGUUUGCCAACUUCAGCUCAUUGGGUAUUGUGAUCGGUGGCCUGUCCUCCAUAUGCCCGUCAAGAAGAGGCGACAUCUCGUCUCUAGUGCUGAGAGCCAUGAUCACUGGGACUUGUGUAUCUCUUGUCAACGCUUGCAUUGCAGGGCUCCUUUUUGUUCCUCAGCCGGACUGUGUGGGGCUGUUCAAAGAGUCUGUUUUCAAUGCCACAGAUGGAAACAUUCAAACUUGCUGUCAGGACCUCUUUCAAAGCACUGUAAACAAUGGGACCAUCUGGUUUGAAGACCCAUGGAGCAACGUAGCAAAUGUCAGUGUGUUUUUCUCUAAAUGUUGUCAGUGUUGUGGCCUCUCUGAUGUGCCAGUUUGUAUGUAGCGUGGAAAAAUACAUAUCAGUGUCUGUUUUUGUACUGUUGUUCAUCUCUCCAUGUUCAUAUAUCUGUGUCACAGUUUAUGUAAAAAUUUAAAGCUUCUAUGCACAUCUUUUCAAGCUGAAUGUAUCUUACAUGUAUUAUACUGUAAAUUAAUUCAGACACAUGCUUUUAUUUAAAGCCCAGCAUUAAAAAGGACAGACCCUUAACAAACAUACCUCAGGAAAUGUUCAAGCAUCAACAGUUUGAUGAAUGUAAAUAUUUCUAAUAAAGCUGGGUGACUCAA